AUGGGAAGGUCAACAGGUCCUAUAGAUCCACAGUACCUCGAAAUCACCAAUGACGAAGACUUGAAAGAUAUAAUUGCUGUAUAUUAUGGCACACGAUUUUGGACGGAUCAUCUUGACUCGGUAUCCGUUGAUCCCGCUAUGCUCGACGAAUAUAGAAGGAUCCGUGGUGUGGAAGCAUUGCUCGCUGCUAUUGACUCUGGCAAUGGCAGUAUAUGUACUCUGCUGUUGAGAACGACAAAUCCCGAGAUUGCCGUCAACUCUUUACCCAUGCUGAAGGCAUACCAUGUAGAUGGUGGUGAUUUGAACAUCACAACAUCAAAGAAUCGGUCGUUGCUCUACAUUGCCGCUAGAAAAGGCCAUACAGAGAUGGUCGUAUUGUUACAGCAACAGGGACUGGAUGUGAACUUGGGCGGUGAUGUCAACAAACCUAAUAAUGAUAACGCAACUCCACUGUGGGUUGCAGCUGCUGGUGGACACUUGGAAGUUGUCAAAUACUUGGUUGAGAAGGGAGGUGAGUUAAAUCAAGAGGCUCUUGGAUACACCCCACUUGACUGCAAGGUCAUACGCAAGUCGUCGAAUACUUGGAAUCUACUGGCGCUCGAUAAUUGA